AUGGAUGCCGUCAAGGAAGUUUCCAAGUUCUACUCACGAAUGCCCCUAUUCACGGAUAUCCCGGCAUGGAAGCUCACUGCCGCGCUGGAAGGGCCAAUGGUGACAAAUACCUUCACUACAUUCCGCAGACAGGAACGGCGUUUGACGCAAGGAACGAAUACCGGUGGUGCCAGGGCCAGGACUGAUGUGGCAGAUGAUGAAUAUCUUAAGGCUCAACCACUAAGUCGACGAGUUCCUGGAGUCUGUAAUUGGUCACUGCGGAAGGCUGAGCGUGACACUGUGCAGACACUCGUUGCCCAGAUUCGCAACCUCGAGUGCGACAUCAAUGCAGCGGGGGAGGGAACCGGAGGCGUCUCUGCUCGCGCAUCUCGCGGACCUCGCUUCCUCCCACCAACUCACCAGCCAGCCUCCUACUCGACGACCCGCCCGACAAAGCUUCUCUCCCCGCAGUCUUCCUACUACGCCUGGGUUACCACCACCUUGGCAGGCACCACGAGCUUCUCUCCGGGAGGCGGAGGGCAAAGCGCACCAGCACCAGCCCCAAUCCUCCACGGCGCCCGUCAGAAGUACGUCUUUGCGUCUGUGCCGCGGCAUCUUUCGACGCUGUAUCGACAGUACGACGACUAUGGGAAUAUACUGCAGGACCGGGAGUAG